GUAGGGUCUCGGGGGGAGGCACAGGAGCCGCGCUGCCACCCUCGGUGGUUUCUCCAGCGACCCCACAAUAACAACAGCGCAGGAUCUGCACGGACCCACCAGCGACCCUACAGUAACAACAGAGCGGGGACGCUGACAUGGAGCCAGGUCCGACGACCCUACAAUAACAACCUGAAGUCACCAGCGUCCCCACGGUGCGGGGGACGGUGACGGCGUUAUGUCCCUCUCGCCGGGCGCCCGGUUCGUCCGCCAGCCCAGUCCAGCUGCCGGUUCUCCCCGCUCCCCCCGAGCAGGGGGGAGCCCUGAAAUCUAACGUUCGCCUCAGGAGUGAGAUGGAGAGGUGCGAGGGGCUUCGCCGGGAGACAGGUUUGGCGGGCGACCCGGUUGAUGGACCCAGCAGAAGCCAAAUGGAAGAAGGGCCAGUUAAUUAUGUCGAAGAAAGGCAGCUGAACGAGGGCAGCGGGCUCAGCCUGGCGAAUGGGGGCCGGCCGGAGGCGGGGGGCACCGCGCUGAUGGAGCCAAGCGGCUGGUCGCCGGGCCAGCUGCCCGCCGCCGGUAAAGCCCACUUGGAAGACGUCAGGAACCUGGUGGCCUUUUCGGCGGUGGCCGAAGCCGUUUCCUCCUACCGGCUACUGCCCUCCGGUUCGCCGUCGCUGCUGUACGAGAAGUUCGACUCGGAGAUGAGCCGGGGUGGGCUGAGCGCAGCGGACGGCGUGCCGCGGGGGGAGGACCUGCACGCCCUCAAGGCCGCCCUGGCUUUGGCCAAGCACGGCGUGAAGCCCCCUAACUGCAACUGUGAUGGCCCCGAGUGUCCCGACUACCUGGAAUGGCUGGAGCAGAAGAUCAAGACGGCUCUCGGUGAAGAGCCGACGUCGCCGCGGCCCCGCGCCACUGCCGCCAACCCCCCGCCACCCCCCCAGGAAGGUGCUAUCGACCCCCAGCCGGUGCCUGAGACCGUUGAGCCGUGCCCGCCCGACGGCCUCCCCUUUUCCCAAAGCGCGUUGACCAUCGCCAAGGAGAAGAACAUCAGCCUGCAGACUGCCAUAGCCAUCGAAGCCCUGACGCAGCUCUCGGCCGCUCUCCCCCAGCCCGUCGGCGAUGGCCAGCCCCCCCCGCCACCGCCACCGCCACCUCCCGCCGCCCCCUUCGGCCCCGGCCCCCUGGCCCCGCCGGGGGCCACAUGGCAGCGAGGGGACGAGCCCCGUUAUCCGCCAGAGCCGGGAGUGGCGCCGGAGCCGUUUUUUGGCAUGGCGCCUCCCCGGGGGGGCUUCGCGGCGGCCUGGGGGCUGGAGGCCGAGGGGGCGGCGGGGGUUGGAGACCCCAUGGCAGAGCUGGAGCAGCUGCUGGGUAACACCGACGACUACAUCAAGGCAGCUUUCAAGAGACCUGAAGCGACGGCUGGCAAAGUGACUGCGCCUAAAACAGAGCCCCCCGAACGAACACCCAGCAAGGAUGCGCUGGCCGGCCCCCGUUUGCCAGCGGCACCGCCGGAGCCUGACCUGCACAAGAAGACGCAGCUGGUCCUGCAGCAGCAUCUCCACCACAAGCGCAGCCUCUUCCUUGAGCAAAGCCUGGCAGCGGCGGCGGCGGCACCCCCGGAUCGGCCGAGCGGCUGGUGGGCUCCUGGUGCUCCGGCCGUGCCCCCCAAGCCCUUCGAAAAGCAGGCCAAAGAGAAGAAGAAGAAAACGCCGCCUGAAAAGCCCCCCCCGGCCAAACCGCUCCGUAAGCAAGUGCAGAUCAAGAAGGCAAAGCAGAAGGACUCGCAACCGCUCUUCCUGCCCCUCUGGCAGAUCAGCCUGGAGGGGUUUCGGGCGCCCGCCGAACCCCCCGCUGAAGAGAUGCAGACCGAACCGCCGCCGCCGCCUGCCUUCCCGCUCCAGCCUGUUGCACUACCCCUGCCCACAGCUCACCCCCCGCCACCGAAACCCCUCGACGGCGGCCCCCCGGCUCCCGACUCUCAGGAAAGGGGUGCCCCCAGGGGGGGCCCCCAAAUUCACCCGGUGCCGGUGGGCUUGACCGGCUCAGAGGAAGCACCGGCUGCCCCAACUCCCAUUGUGGUGGAUGACAAGCUGGAAGAGCUCAUCCGGCAAUUUGAAGCUGAAUUCGGGGAGAAUUUCAACCUGCAGCCCCCCGAGACACCUGCCCCGCUCGCCCCCGGGGCUGCCGAGCUGCCAGGGGCCCCGGCACCAGCCCCGCAAGUGCCCCCCGCCGCCCCCGCCACCGCCCCGGCUUCAAGCAGCGCUCCCCAAGCCGGACCCAAAAGCUUUUCAUUCUCGCCGGGGAAGGGUCCACUUUCGGAGGCCCCCUUCACCGCCCGGUCCCCGAAACAGAUCAAAAUCGAGUCUUCUGGUGCUAUCACCGUGGUGUCAACCACGUGCUUUUACUCUGAGGAAAGCCAAAACCCGGACGCGGAUGACGCCGACGGGACACCCACCAAGGACGAGGUGCCGCUGACGCCAACCCUGAGCGGCUUUUUGGAGUCGCCGCUGAAAUACCUGGACACGCCAACCAAAAGCCUCCUGGACACCCCGGCCAAGCGGGCACAAGCGGAGUUCCCCACCUGCGACUGCGUCGAGCAAAUUGUGGAGAAGGAUGAGGGGCCGUAUUACACCCACCUGGGCUCGGGACCCACCGUGGCAUCCAUCAGGGAGCUCAUGGAGGAGCGGUAUGGCGAGAAGGGCAAGGCCAUCCGCAUCGAGAAGGUCAUCUACACGGGGAAGGAGGGGAAGAGCUCCCGGGGCUGCCCCAUCGCCAAGUGGGUGAUCCGGAGACACAACCAAGAGGAGAAGCUGCUGUGCCUGGUGCGGCACCGGGCUGGCCACCACUGCCAGAACGCUGUCAUCAUCAUCCUGAUCCUGGCCUGGGAGGGCAUCCCCCGCACGCUGGGUGACACGCUGUACCAGGAGCUCACCGACACCCUCACCAAGUACGGCAACCCCACCAGCCGCCGCUGCGGCUUGAACGACGACCGGACCUGCGCAUGCCAAGGCAAGGACCCCAACACCUGCGGCGCUUCCUUCUCCUUCGGCUGCUCUUGGAGCAUGUAUUUUAAUGGCUGCAAAUACGCCCGGAGCAAAACUCCCCGCAAGUUCAGGCUGGUGGGGGACAAUCCCAAAGAGGAAGAGCUGCUCCGGAAAAGCUUUCAGGACUUGGCCACCGAGGUUGCUCCGCUUUACAAGAGGCUGGCGCCGCAAGCCUACCAAAACCAGGUUACCAAUGAGGACGUAGCGAUAGACUGCCGGCUGGGCUUGAAGGAGGGGAGGCCGUUCUCGGGAGUGACGGCGUGCAUGGACUUCUGCGCUCAUGCUCACAAAGAUCAGCAUAACCUCUACAACGGCUGCACGGUGGUCUGCACGCUGACAAAGGAAGACAAUCGUGUGGUGGGGAAAAUCCCUGAAGAUGAGCAACUGCAUGUCCUCCCCCUCUACAAGAUGUCCAGCACAGACGAGUUUGGCAGCGAGGAGAACCAAAACGCCAAGGUGGGCAGCGGGGCCAUCCAGGUGCUCACAUCCUUCCCCCGCGAGGUCCGCAAGCUGCCCGAGCCCGCCAAGUCCUGCCGGCAGAGGCAGCUGGAAGCGAAGAAGGCCGCCGCGGAGAAGAAGAAGCUGCAGAAAGAGAAGCUGAUGACGCCGGAGAAGAUAAAGCAGGAAGCGCUCGAGCUACCCGCGCUCCAGCAAAACGCAGGUAUGGCGUUGAAAAGCGGGCUGCCCCCGCAGCCGCUGAAACCUUCCAUCAAGGUGGAGCCGCAGAGCCAUUACAACGCCUUCAAGUACAACGGCAACGCGGUGGUGGAGAGCUACUCGGUGCUAGGGAGCUGCCGGCCCUCCGACCCAUACAGCAUGAACAGUGUUUACUCUUACCAUUCCUACUAUGCACAGCCCAAUCUGCCUUCCGUGAACGGGUUUCACUCCAAGUUCGCGCUUCCCUCCUUCGGGUAUUACGGCUUUUCCAGCAACCACAUGUUCCCCUCGCAGUUUCUGAAUUACGGGGCACCCGAGAGGGGUGGGAGCAGCUGGGUGAGCAACGGCUACGAGAAGAAGCCCGACGUCCCGGCGUUGCAGGAGAACCUCAACCACACCUACGGGAACGCCGAUUUCCCCGAGCCCAUCCCGCACAGCGUCCGGAGCAAAAACCAUCACCAGCGCACCUAUGAGCGGGCUAACCGCUACGCCAGCCAGCAGAAAGCAGCGGUGGCCGGGGCGCACAGGACUAGCUUGGGCUCGGAGGAGGCGCUGCCGUUUGCACAGAACUGUUUUGGCAGCCGGCCCAUCAAGCAGGAGCCCCCGGACCCUCCACCCACCAUCGAGCCCCUUCCCGGCGCGGCAGCCGUGCCUGGCGCCAGCUUAGCCUUGCCAGCCGUCCCGGCGCGCGGCGUGGGGCCGGAGCAGCGGUGGAGUCCCUUCAAAGCAUCCCGGGGCACGUCUUCCCCUGAGAGGACUAGCACGGCGGAGGGCUCGUGGAGAGCCCUGGCGCCGGGCUCAGGCGGGCGGGAGAAGCUGAGCGCCUUCGACGCCGCCGCACGCUUGCCGCCGCCGGAGAAGCAGUGGCCCAACGUCCUGGCGGGAGAAGCGGCGGUGGCGGCGCACGGCUCGGGCUUGCUGCCGAAACCGUGGAGCCCCUGCAAGCUGGGGGAGGCGGCGCUGGCCGGCACCGGCACCUCGAGCCUGCUGGGGCCGCUGGGUUUCGGCUCGGCCCUGCCAGGGCUGCCCAGCUUCCCAGAGGAGCCGUGGGGCUCGGUGAAGGUGGAGGAGCGGAGGACGCCAGCGCCCAGCCCGGGGCUGCCGGAGAAGCCGUGGGAGGCGGUGGUGGGUGAGAAGGGGGUGGCGGGAACCCGCCGGGAGAAGCCAUGGGACCCCUUCGGCCUGGAGGAGGAUCUGCCGGAGAAGGCGGUGAAGGAAGAGGAGGAAGAGGAGGAGGAGGAGGAGGAGGAGGAAGAGGAGGAAGAGUGGUCAGACAGCGAGCACAACUUCCUAGAUGAGAACAUCGGUGGGGUGGCCGUGGCGCCUGCCCACGGCUCCAUCCUCAUCGAGUGCGCCCGCCGCGAGCUCCACGCCACCACCCCACUGAAGAAACCCAACCGCUGCCACCCCACCCGCAUCUCCCUGGUCUUCUACCAACACAAGAACUUGAACCAGCCCAACCACGGCCUGGCGUUGUGGGAGGCCAAGAUGAAGCAGCUGGCGGAGCGGGCUCGGGCCCGGCAAGAGGAGGCGGCGCGCCUGGGUCUCCCGCCGGACGCCAAAGCCUUCGCCAAGAAACGCAAGUGGGGUGGCGCGUUGGCGACCGAGGCGCCCAGCAAGGAGAGGAGAGACUCGGUCCCCACGCGGCAGGCGGUGGCCAUCCCCACCAACUCCGCCAUCACUGUGUCCUCCUACGCCUACACCAAGGUGACGGGCCCCUACAGCCGCUGGAUCUGAGACGGAGGCAACUGCCGUGGCCCCAUCUUACCUCAACCCUCGGCAGCGCCGGAGCCUGGCGUUGCUUCGUGGUGCUUUCUCCCUGGGCAUGGGGGAGAAGAAAAAAAAAAUAUAAAUAGACAAAAAACGAAGCAAAACACAAUAACAACAACAAAAAGAACCAACCCACAGAAAGUGGACCCAACACGCACGCUCGGAAACAGCGGAGCCGGUGCGGGUGCACGCCGUCGGAGAGCUGCGCUUGGCGAGGAGUUGGCAAACUAAGUAAAACUCAUUAAAAAAAAAAAAAAAAAGAAAAAAGAAAAAAAGAGGAAUGAUGCUGUUUGACGCUUUUCGGUAAUCUCAUAUUUAUAUCUCCGCGUUUUUUUAACCUAGCCUCGUGCGCCGCGCGAACGGAGGGAGAAGUUUAUAGCGUCCUUUCGCAAAGGAGAGGUUUUUAAUUCCACUUAAAAAUACCUAUUUAUUGGAUUUUAUUUUAUUUUAUUUUUUACUCUGACGACAACGACGAAGCCGAUCUUCGAAAAAGAAGCCAACAUCGAAAAAAAAAAGAAACCCUAAACAAAAACAAGAAACAACCCAAACACCAAACCAGCUUAAAGGCAAGAGGUGACUCCCUCCAGCUCCGGCGCGUGGGGCUGGCGGGAUCGUGUGCGUUACCGUCAGCCGGACAUGCUCAACAUCCGAUUAUUUUUUUCCCCGAGGACCUCAAAAUACCUAUUUUACAACUCGAGGAGUCCUUUCUUACAGCGACGGGAGACCCGCUUGUGAGCGGGACGCCCUGGGACGGCGUGUCUUUGCUCAGCUCCUUGCCGCCGGCGGGAUCGCUCCGCCGGGACGGAGUGAGCCGGCGCCUUUCCCGGCGCCGGAGACCUCAGGACACGCCUGGGCCGGGGACUGCCGCUGCCAGGGUGCCGCGCUCGGACCUGGGGGCUGCUUUGCUGGUGGCCGCAGGGAGAGCGACGGCGGCGGCGGCAUCUCUAAAGGAGCCGACAGGAUAAAAAGAAAAAGAGGAAAAAAAAAAUACACAAACAGGAAAAAGAACACAAACCAACCCCAAACUGUGAAUAGCUAGUGUUGCUCUCUGUACAUCACUGUUGCUAAAGUCUGGUGCUUUCAGUCUCCGGGGGACUUUCUCCGUGUGAUCGGCUCUGGGAAGAGCGAAUCCCAAGACUUGGCUGGCCAAAACCCCCGCCGGUCCUCCUUCCCCGCUGGCGCCGGCGAGCCGGCGUGGCGGCGAGCGCCGCCGGGGCUCGGUGCUUUUUCUCUCCCCGGGUGCCAUCCCUCCUUCCUACGGAUCGCCGUUCUUCCCGCAAAACAAAACAAAUACCCAACAAAUAACCCAACGACGACAACAACCGCGUGGUGCUUUUCGAACAAUCUCAGUCGAGACUUUCCGCCCGCCCGCGAUGCCGAAGCCGUGCCGGGGCGGGCGGGCGGGCGGGCGAGCUCCCCUGCGGCUCGCCGGGAGGGCGGCGUGGCCGAAUCCGGGUGCCGGCGUCCCCGGGGUCGUUGCUUUUGCACUUUCAGGUGCCUUUUGGAGAGCCAGCGAGCCAGAGCCGACGCCGUCACCGUGCAGAAAUCACCUUGUGUUUACUGUCACCCUCCUUCCUUGCGCACUGGCACGGAUCAGCAGGAUCUCGGUAAAACAGCCUGAACAUUUACAUGGUCUGAUUUUAAACCUGUAAAUAGGGAAAGAAUUUUUUUAAAAGCACUUUCACCUAGAUUUAAAAACGAAAGCGAAACUUAAAAAACAACUUCCCUCUUUCCUCCCCCCCCAACAACUUGAAAGCAGUAUGUUUUAAACAAGAUUAUUGUGGGAGAACUGUAAAUACUGGCAGAAUAUUUAACAUGCUUUGUCCGUCCUUCAUAAUUAAUUUUUUUUUUUUUUUAAACCCGUAAUCUGUAAAGUUGCGUAUAUUUGACAAGGAAACUCAACAAGCUAUUACCGCUUUUCUUAUAAAUACCCAAUAGCAUAUCAGGAUUGUAAGAGUCGAUGGCAAGUCAGAUUUUAGGGAUGCCCGUGGGCGAUGCCGGUUCCAGCGUGGGGACCCGACGUGUCGCUGUGGUUCGGGAGGGCGAAAAGGGGACCCGGCUGAUCCUCGGCAGCGGCGUUCGGCGGGGCCGGAUUCGGGUGCCGGCCCCGGUUCGCAUCGCCCGGGGUCUGGUCUGACUGUCGUGGCGGGGGUGCCUUGCGAGCUUCGCCUGGAUGGGUGUAGAGUCGGGAGGAAAAGGGGUGCGUUUGGAGAAGGCGAGGGUCCGUGUAACCUGUCUAAGUCCUGCUUCCUCGGAGGUUUUAUUUUGGUGCAGGGAGGGGGUUCAGUCCGGCGCGGCGUUGGCUCCGGCGGGUUCAACCCGGGUAAGCGGGGAGAUGCCGGCGCCGCGGGUCGGGGAGCGAGAACUGCUGCAGUCUCACGUUUUUACACUACAUAACGUCUAACCUACCUCAAAUCUCAGUCAUUAAAAAUUAGCACGCUUCAGACUUCUUCUACGAAAACUAGAAAUCUAUGCACAGCUCUUUACCCCUUGCUGCUGAGAGGCUGUUUUUCAAGCAAAAUCUUUUCCUUUACCCGUCCCGGCGGCCGCGCUCGUCCCACCCGUGCCGAAGCCAGGGGGGUCGCGGCGUUAAGGGGGACUCGGUGA